AACUACACCAACAUCAAUACCUUCACUAUACCACAAGCUACAUGUCUGGAUACUGGUGUCUAUACAUGUGAAGCUACAAAUAACGAAAUGCCAAAUUUUCAGUACAAGCAAUCACUCACACUCUUAGUUAAAUGUUCACCUAGACAAGAUACUAGAGUUAUAACAACAUCUAUAGUUGGUGGUAAUAUAAGAGAUAUAGUACAACUGGUAUCUGAUGUUAUAUCCUAUCCACCACCAACUUUCACAUGGUAUUAUAAUAAUAUAACUACUGGAGAUGUUGAACCUAUCUAUAAUGAUGAUGUCUUUAAACAGAUUGAUACCAGUAUCUCUAUCAAUACUUAUAGAUCAACAUUAACUAUCAACAUUACAUCCAACAUCUUCUAUACAUCAUAUACAGUCAAUGUAUCUAAUAAUAUUGGUUAUACAGAAAUAGAGUACCAGGUAACAGCUCUGUCUAAACCUGAUGUACCUUCUAACAUCAACUCAUUACCACCAAGUCAUGACAGUAUCUGUAUUAUAUGGACACCAGGAUUUAAUGGUGGAGGUCAACAAGAAUUUAUUGUUCAACAUUCAGUAGAUAAUAAAACCUGGACUAGUUCUACACCUCUACCAGAAUCUAAACCUGAUUAUUGUAUAAAGAAUCUACAAGCUGAUACAACAUAUUAUAUUAGAGUUAUAGCUAGAAAUAAAUAUGAUGAUAGUCAACCAGUUUAUCUGAUAUCAUCUGAUGGUUCUUCUACAAUACAAACAUUAGCUAGAGUCGAUUCAUCACCACCAACUGUACCACCAGAUUCUAAUACAGGUUUAAUAGCAGGACUUGUUGUUACUGUUGUUAUUAUUAUUUUUAUGGCAGUGGUCGUUGUUAUUCUCGUACGAAAAAUAAAACAACGAACGGGCAAGGACGAAUCAUCAACAUAUGCUGGUUUAGAUCUAGAGACUAGAACAGCUACUGGUGUAGAUGAUACAACAUACCAAGGUCUACAACAUUAUGUUAAUCUACAACCAUCUUCUACUGAUAUUGUCAAUACACAGAAUAACCAGAAUUACGACUCACUUCAACAAAUAGAACCAACUACAGUAUAUGAUAGUCUGAAUACAGUAGACAGUAGUCUGAAUACAGUAGAAGAUAGAACCAGAACAGACAAUUCCACAACCACAUUCGCCAAUAUAAACAGGGACGAGAAAAGUGCUUAUGUUAAUCUUGGGAUACAGUCCAACAUAUAAAUGGGAGACAACUCUACACAAUUAACAAUGGUAAAGAUGAUAUUAGCGUCUGGAUAAAAACAAUACUGUUCUAUAAAAAUACCGAGACUGUAUUCAAGGCAGAUAACCCGCUACUCACGUGUUGAAUUUAACUUUAUAACCGGACUGCUAGGUUAAACCCCAUGCAAUCCAUGUUGUCUUCCUAAACGCCAUACUAUUUGUCUGUACUAUGUAUAGUGAUUAAAACUUGUUUUUUUUGUUGGAAUGCUUCUCUGGAUGAUUGGUGACGUGUUGUUUACUAUUUAAACAUACAUUAUGCAAGAGCUAAAUCUGCCUAUUGCAGGUCUUUCUUUAGGCCUGAAAUGUUAUCUAAAUUAUUAAUUAUACAUUAAUUAACUUAUCCAGACCAUAAUCAACUCUAGCCUGCGAUCUUAAGUGGAUUGUGAUCCGAUUUACUGCUUAACUUUCCUUCUCGAUUAAACAAUUAAAUGGAUAAUCGAGACUAUGCUGUUUAACGUACUGACUUUAGUAAUGAUGACCGAGGCUGGGCGGAAAUUUUAUUCGCUUAGUUCUUGGUUCAUA